AUGGGGAUGCAGUGCGAGCAAACCCUAGACCGGAAAACAUGGAUCCCCUACCUUCCUGAGGACAUCUGGCGCCACAUACAUUCUUUGAUGCCAAUGGACGCCGCAGCUCGUGCUGCCUGUCUUUCUCGCACCUUUCUGAAUUCCUGGAGAUGUUAUCCCAGGCUCGAUCUGGAUCCGGGUACGCUUUGCUCCAAGAAGACAGAUGAAAGGCAUUUCAGGUGUAGAGUUGACAGUAUUCUGAGGAACCACUCAGGCAUUGGCCUCAAGAUAUUGAAGCUUAACUUAUGGCUUAGAAAGAGUUACUUUCCUUACCUGGACAGUUGGCUCCAAGCUGCUGUCACACCAGGGAUUGAAGAGCUCACACUUUGGCUGUGUGAAGAGUACAACUUCCCAUGCUCAGUUUUAUCUGAUGGGGUUAGAGAUUCAGUUCGGUCUCUUCAACUUAUCUUUUGCACCUUCCGUCCCAAGUCUGAACUUGGCCUUUUGAGAAGCCUAACAAGACUGAGCCUAUGUUACGUGCGUAUCACAGGGGAGGAAUUGGAGUGCCUUCUUUCCAACUCCCUUGCUUUGGAGCACUUGGACAUUGAUCGUUGCAAGGAGAUAGUUUUGCUUAAGAUACCAUCCGUCCUGCAGCAGCUCAGCUACCUGGAGGUUCGUGGGCUUGAGAAUCUGCAAGUUGUAGAGAAUAACGCACCAAAUCUCUCCAGAUUUUUCCUUGGAGGAGUAGAAAAAGUUAAAAAACUCUCUCUUGGAGGACAAAAGACGAUGAAGGUCUUUACCUUGUGCCGUAGGAACGCCGUUAGCUAUGCCCUUGCUGAGCUCCCGUCCAUCAUGCCAAAUCUUGAGUCUCUUUAUUUAUGUUCGACCUCUGAGGUUCAUACGCCACCAAUGCUGCCCACCAAAUUCCUCAACCUCAAGUACCUGUUCAUUCAGAUCUGUGGAGGGACCAUUUCCCAACCCUACGAUUACUUUUCUCUGGUUUCUUUCUUGGAUGCAUCUCCUUCCUUGGAGACUUGGUGCCUGAAUGUACAUCAAGAUCGUCGGGAGCAUGAGUCGGUCUUUGGAGGAGGUUCUGCUUUACAUUUGAGGCAGCUGCCUGAACACCUCAAGUUGAAGAGUGUGGAGAUCACAGGGUUCAGAUCUGCAAAGACCUUGGUUGAGCUAACAUGUUGCAUCGUCAAGAGUGCGGUCUCACUGGAGCGACUUACAUUGAGCACCUUCGAUGGUUAUGGCAGGUGUUUAGGGGAAAAUAACAGGGAUUGCCGGGAUUUUAUGUGCGGUCCCAUUAGCAAGGCUGAGCUCGAGGAAGCCUCCAGAGCAGUGGUGGCAAUAACUAGUUACAUUGAGGAUCUAGUCCCGCCUACUGCUAAGCUGACUGUUCUGGAGCCUUGCCCUUGCCCGCGGUGUCGUCGUUCCACUCCGGUCUCCAGUGCACGAUGAGAUCUCAGCAAGUUGCAGCUAAUGGAGGGUGGAAGGGAUUGUUCGGUUUGAAGGGGAUUGAAGGGAAUUGGAGCGGGUUGGGAGGGAUUAAAUCCCCCUCAAUCCUCUUGUGGAGGGGCCAUGUGUAAGAAUUUUAAUCUGAUCUUAAUGAAACAUGCUUUAGUCUUAGACUAUUAGGCACUAUCAUGCUUUGUUUCUUGAUGAAUCAUGCUUUGUUUAGUCAAAAGUGUUUGUGUUUUUUGAGCCGAUGUGUAUUUAACCUGCUCAGCAAACGAUUUUGUCGAGGCAGCUUGUUUUCAAUUUGCCGAAGGCUGUUGACAAGGAACUUUAAAUGUUAGAUGGAGCAAAUGCUAAUUUCUCUGCUGAUCUGCAUCA